GCUCCUCCAGCCGCAGCUCCUCCAACCACCACUCCCUCUUCCACUGCUCUACCAGCCGCAGCUCCUCCAAGCACCGCUCCCACUGCCACUGAUCCUCUAGCCUCAGCUCCUCUAGCCAUUGCCCCCUCUGCCACUGCUCCUCCAGCCGCAGCUCCUCCAACCACCACUCCCUCUUCCACUGCUCCUCCAGCCGCAGCUCCUCCAACCACCACUCCCUCUUCCACCGCUCUACCAGCCGCAGCUCCUCCAAGCACCGCUCCCACUGCCACUGCUCCUCUAGCCUCAGCUCCUCUAGCCAUUGCCCCCUCUGCCACUGCUCCUCCAGCCUCAGCUCCUCCAACCACCGCUCCCUCUCCCAAUGCUCCACCUGCCGCAGCUCCUCCAAGCACCGCUCCCACUGCCACUGCUCCUCCAGCCUUAGCUCCUCCAGCCACUGCCCCCUCUGCCACUGCUCCUUCAGCCACAGCUUCUCCAGCCACGGCUCCCUUUUCCCCUGUUCUUAAUACCGCAACACCAGCACGACUGUCUUUGACUUUUAGACAAACGAGGGAAAAUGUGGACAAAUACGUUCAAGAUGCCUGGAAGGGAAAGCACGUCCAUGUUCUCCUAUCAAAAAUCGGGGCGUACAAAUUGUUCUUUUGGGACAUUAUGAACGUUAGACCCAAUUCUGAGCUGGAAUCGGAGGUUAUAAACGCGUACCUCCUGUUGUUGGUGAACAAACGCAACAAAAUCAGCGUGGAAAAGGUUUCCUAUAUAGACUCAUUUGCAAUGACAAAUUUAUGGAAUGGAAAGAGCCAGAGACUCAAGAUCAACCCGGUGGAAUACAAACUUAUUGUUGGCAUUGUCAAUGAGCAUAAGCAUUGGAAGCUGGCGGCAAUCAUGCCAGGAGAAAAAAGGUCCUUACUAGUUGAUCCUCUUGGCGAGUCUCAAAUGGACAUUAAAAAAUGCCUGGAAUCAACCCGGGCGUUCAUGCGCAAGAAAGGGUGCAAUGUUUCCAGGUGGACUUGUGGCACUGUCCCCCAUCCCAGGCAACAAGAUUCAACCUCUUGUGGUGUAUUUGCUUUGAAAUUUGCAGAACAUCUUCUUUCAGAUGAAGAAAUAGAUUUAUCAGCAAAGGCGAAUGAUGUAAAUAGGUACAGGCUGCAAAUUGCCACCACACUUCUAUUAGAGACUGAUGAUUUAUCUAACUUGUGCUGUGUUUGUGGGGAAGCUACACAUGACACAGACAACAGAUGGAUUCAGUGUGACGAGUGUUGCAGGUGGUUCCAUCUUGUAUGUGUCGGGGAGCCUCCAACCAAAGGCUCUUUUUUGUGUACAGCAUGUACAGAAAUUAAAUGCUAAAUAUUUGAAGCUUGCUUGAA